AUACAGUCAAUUAAACAUAUAUGCCAGCUCCUUAGGAGAACAAUAUGGAAGACAAAUAUAAGAAUAAAAUGACUUUUAAUUUAUUUUAUUAACUACUAGGAGCUGAGCAAUGAAGCAGUGAAAGAGGAGCAGAGACCGUCUGGAAGUAGAAAGUCAACACACUUUUUUAUGUGUUUUUUAUCUUGUUGACUUGCAUUGAUGUGACCGAGGACGAAGAAGGAGCUAACAAAAAGGAAAGAAGGGCCUUUUUUUUCUGAUCUUCAAGCAAGUGACUGAGGCUUUUGACAGAACAAGCCCAGCCAAUGAAAACAUGCUGUACAUUUAGAGACAAAAGGAGAACAUUGAGGAGUGGAGUGUGACCUCCACCGUCCCUUCUAACAGUGGGAGGGGAAGCUGAUGUCAGUCUGCCUUGUGAUUAGCUGGAGUGAUGGCAGUCACCAAGGAGGAGAAGCUCAACAGAGGUAGAAGGUCGUCGGGGGUCACGACCCCACCAGAAGGUGGCUGGGGUUGGAUGAUCGUGGCUGGUUCUUUCCUCGCCACCAUCUGCAUUCGGGCAGUGACCAGAUGUGUUUCCAUGUUCUUUGUGGAGUUCCAGCUGCACUUUGAGAAGGAUUAUUCCACAACUGCCUGGAUCCACAGUCUGAUCGACUCCACCACCAUGCUCUGUGCUCCUCUGGGGUGUUUCCUUGGAAAUCGCCUGUCCUGCAGAGCUACAGUGAUCCUAGGAGGUCUGCUGUCUUCUGCUGGUCUGGUCCUCAGCUCCUUUGCUUCCAACCUGGAAUAUCUCUACAUCUUCAUGGGCAUCCUUACAGGUCUUGGCUUUGCUCUCAGCUACACACCAGCCAUAGCGAUGGUUGGGAGGUACUUCAGUGAGAGGAAAGCUCUGGCCUAUGGCAUCGCCCUGUCUGGUAGUGGCAUUGGGACCUUCAUCCUGGCUCCUGCAGUCCAACUACUUAUAGAGCAUUACUCCUGGAGAGGAGCACUGCUCAUCCUGGGAGGAUUUGUUUCCAACCUGUGUGUCUGUGGUGCUCUGAUGAGGCCGCUGGAACAAAGAGGAGGUGACAUGAUAUGGCAGAACAAUAUGGCAAACUUGGAGAAAGCUUGCAUGACAACAGUGCUGGAUUCCAAAGACACCAAACAAGUAUCUGAUUGCAGCCAAGUGGAGCCAAAACAGCUGGAAAUGAACAACUUAAAGGAUACACAAAGGCUUCUCAUAGCCAAUGGAGUGCUCAAAAACUGUGGACUUGAAAACAACAAACUAGGUUUGGGGAACAUAGCACUGCUAUCAAGUCCGAACCUGCCUCAUCCUAGUUUAACAGAUCUGAAGAUAGCUGAAUGCAUGUUAUUUAGCAACAAGCUAACAGAGACAAUGCUAGGGGAGAUCAAACUCGCAGAUGUGAAAGUAGCAAAUGGUUGCACAAUUGAGGACUUGAAAUCAGUGGAAAGGAUGAACUUGAACAACAAGCCAGCUAACAUGGAUGCUAAGAUAGAAGAUUCAGAACUCACCGAAGCCAGACCAACAGAUGCCUAUCAAUUAGAUAAAAUCAUUAGCCCUCCUCCACAGCCUUUGGUGAUCACAAAAACUUCAUCCAGAAAUCUCUGUUUUAGUCUCAAGUCCAGGGAGGAGUUUGGAUUUCUGGUGUUACCAGACUUCCUGAUUCUGUCUGUGUCACUCCUAUUUCUGGCAUAUGGCUGCAGUGCUCCAGUAGUGUACCUGGUUCCUUAUGCCCUCAGUGUGGGGGUGGGGCACAAGCAGGCUGCCUUCCUCAUGUCCAUAUUUGGAGUCAGCGGCAUUGUGGGCAACAUCACCUUUGGAUGGAUCACAGACAGGGAGUGUCUGAAGAGGUAUCGCAUGCUGAGCUAUAUGGUGGCGAUAGGCAUGGAGGGCCUCUGCUGUAUGUUCAUCCCCCUCCUUCAGUCCUUCUCCCUCCUGGUCCCAUUUUCCAUACUGUACGGGUACUUUGACGGGGCGUAUGUAGCGCUCAUCCCGGUGGUGACCUCUGAUGUCGUAGGCUCCACCUACCUGACCUCCGCUCUGGGUGUGGUCUAUUUUCUGCAUGCUAUUCCCUACCUGAUCAGCCCACCAAUAGGAGGUUGGUUAGUAGACAGGACUGGAAACUACACAGCAACCUUCUUCCUCAGUGGGGCUUCCUUCAUGUUCAGCUCUGGGGUCCUAGCAGCUGCUAUGUUAGUCAGACACUGCCGGAGGUCCAAGUCUAACUCAGCUGUACAUCUAAGUCCUAAUUACAUUGCUGCUGCAGGUCAGCAGGGAAUCAUGUGAUGUGUCAAUCAAUAUGCUGCUUCUCAACCUGCGCGGAUGUGCACCUCAUGACGGCUAAAAUGCGAGUUUACAAAGAAUAUAGUAACAGUGCUAUUUUGAUGUACAUUAUACGCUUCUGAUUUGUUUUGGACAUAUGACCCAUAGCUCAGGCUCAACAAGAGCAGUGGCCAGAAGACACAAAGCUGCCAGAACCUGUGUCUUUCAAAUAAAACAAAGAAGAAAUAUUGUGACUUCAAGACAAACAGUUUGUGUUAUAAUGAGUUUUCUGUUUGUUGUUUAAUGUGGAUAUUUUAUUUUUUAAAACCAGCUUUCUUACUUAAUGGACGCCAAAGUUUGCAAGCAGGUUGCCAUUAACAUUCACAGGCUUUAGGGAGCUUUCCUGUAAUAUUGAGAUUCAAACUGUUUGUGCCAAUUUACUUUAGUUUCUAAAGUGUUGCUUUUUCAGGUUGACACCUGACUACGUUGAACAUCGCUACACGUUAGGCUACUCUGUGCAGGUAGCACUGUGUAUAUAAUAAUCUUUACACAACUGUUUUCAUGAUACUUCUGUUCUAGUAGGCUUUUUUAAACAUGUUUACAUUGCCGGCUUCCCACUGUGUUUGUGUCAUAUUAGUAGAAGCAGAAGAAUGUGAUUCAUUUGCAUGUGUCAUGAACAUGUUAAAAAUGGUAAUGAUCUUGCAUGCCGCCAAGUCUUAGUGGCAGAUGCAAAGAAUCAAAACACUUUAAAUAAUUUUUACCUUACUUUAUUUAAUGAUGAUGUUUGGUCGGUAUGCUCAAUUUAUCAUAAACAAUCUAUAGUGGAUAUUUCUCAUCAAAUAUUCUUGAUGGUAUUAAUGUGAAAACAAAUGAUAAUUUCAAUACCUCGGAUUGCGCUGCAAGUAGUUGUAACAAUCUGAAACUUUUUUUUGCCUGCACCGCUGGAGCUGGUCUCCAGCAGGAAUAAAUAUUUGGAAAAAGUGA